CGCCUCCGCCCAGGCCCGGCUCCUCCUCGGGCCCCUCCGCCCAGGCCCGGCUCCACGGCAGGAUGGGGGACAGCACCAGCCCCAUCAGCGUGAUUCUGGUGAGCUCGGGCAGCAGGGGCAACAAGCUGCUGUUCAGGUACCCCUUCCAGAGAAGCCAGGAGCACCCGGCGUCCCAGACGAAUAAGCCACGUAGCAGGUAUGCUGUAAACAACAUGGGCGACCACACUGAAGACCAGGAUGGCGACUCCAGCGAGCCAUGUCCUCCAACCGAUGAGCAAUUGGUUGCAGGAUUUUCAGAUGUUAUUCUGGCAACAAUUUUGGCAACCAAGUCUGAAAUGUGUGGCCAAAAAUUUGAACUGAAGAUUGAUAAUGUACGGUUUGUUGGGCACCCAACACUGCUGCAGCAUGCUCUGGGGCAGGUCUCCAAAACAGAUCCAUCCCCGAAAAGGGAAGCACCUACCAUGAUUCUUUUCAAUGUGGUAUUUGCGCUGAGGGCAAACGCUGACCCGUCAGUGAUAAACUGUCUGCAUAGCCUGUCCCGGCGCAUCGCCACGGUGCUACAGCACGAGGAGCGCCGCUGCCAGUACCUCACCCGGGAGGCCAAGCUGAUCCUGGCGCUGCAGGACGAGGUGUCCGCCAUGGCUGACGGAAAUGAAGGUCCCCAGUCCCCAUUCCAUCACAUCCUGCCCAAGUGCAAGCUGGCCAGGGACCUCAAGGAGGCUUACGACAGCCUGUGCACGUCUGGCGUGGUGCGGCUCCACAUCAACAGCUGGCUGGAAGUGAGCUUCUGCCUGCCCCACAAGAUCCACUAUGCGGCUUCGAGCCUGAUUCCCCCUGAGGCCAUUGAGCGGAGCCUGAAGGCCAUCCGCCCUUACCACGCCUUGCUGCUGCUCAGUGAUGAGAAGACCUUGCUGGGCGAGCUCCCCGUUGACUGCUCCCCGGCCCUGGUGCGCGUGAUCAAGACCACGUCCGCUGUGAAGAACCUGCAGCAGCUGGCCCAGGAUGCCGACCUGGCCUUGCUGCAGGUUUUCCAGCUGGCGGCCCACCUGGUGUACUGGGGCAAGGCCAUCAUUGUCUACCCCCUGUGUGAGAACAAUGUCUACAUGCUGUCUCCCAAUGCCGGAGUGUGUCUGUACUCCCCGCUGGCCGAGCAGUUCUCCCGCCAGUUCCCCUCUCACGACCUGCCAUCCGUCCUCGCCAAGUUCUCCUUGCCUGUCUCCUUAUCAGAGUUCAGGAACCCCCUGGCGCCCCCUGUGCAGGAGACCCAGCUCAUCCAGAUGGUGGUGUGGAUGCUGCAGCACCGGCUCCUCAUCCAGCUGCACACCUACGUCUGCCUAAUGGCCUCACCCAGCGAGGAGGAGCCCCGCCUGCGAGAGGACGACGUCCCCUUCACCGCCCGGGUCGGAGGCCGCAGCCUCAGCACCCCCAACGCGCUCAGCUUUGGCUCCCCAACCAGCAGUGAUGACAUGACCCUCACCAGCCCCAGCAUGGACAACUCCAGCGCAGAGCUGCUCCCCAGCGGGGACUCGCCGCUGAACAAGAGGAUGACAGAGAACCUGCUGGCCAGCCUGUCGGAGCACGAGCGGGCAGCCAUCCUCAGUGUGCCUGCGGCCCAGAACCCUGAGGACCUCCGAAUGUUUGCCAGGCUCCUUCACUACUUCCGCGGCCGCCACCACCUGGAGGAGAUCAUGUACAACGAGAACACGCGGCGCUCCCAGCUGCUCAUGCUCUUCGACAAGUUCCGCAGCGUGCUGGUGGUGACCACCCACGAGGACCCCGUCAUCGCUGUCUUCCAGGCGCUACUCACGCAUUCAGGUCUGGGUCUGCAGCCGUGCUCCUACCGAGUCCUGGCGGCAAGCCUUAGUGGCACGGAGCGGGAGGCAGCCUUCCGGGACUCCUGCGUCCCACACAGGUGUGGGCUGUGCCUUUCCGAGACCCUCGUCCCAACCCUGCCCCCGCAGGGAAUGUGCAGAAACACUUGCCUGGCCCAUCCCUGCCCCUCUGAGGGCUGUCCACAUGGGAGGGCUUGUGUGGCACCCCCUGCCACCACCAACUCUGUCCGCCACACGCUUCCUCCUCCUGGCUUGCCAUGAGCCUUUCUUGGCCCAGCCCUCACUGUGGUCCCACAUAAGCCACCAGCAGGCUCAUAGCCAAGCUCUUACCUGUCCUGACCAUCCAGCACUCAGGGGCCUGGGCUGUCACCUGUGCACACCCUGUGGCUGGCAGAGGUGUGAUCCAGGGUGCAGGAGGCCCACCCUUGGCGGGGGUGCACUUGCUGAUGACUCUUCCCCCAAAAUCCACCUGGGCCUGGCCUGGCACCACCCACACCCCCCCCUAACACUCUCUCCCCGCCCCCCACCACCCCUGCAGGCAGAGUGGGCCCCAGAUAACACAGACCACUGGCUGAGACACAACUGUUUUCUAGAAAUAAAGCAUUUAUUUGGUUUUUAAACAAU